UAGGGCGCGAGGGCUGAAGGAGUGAUGAACAUAUUAAAUGGUCGCCCUCGUUCACCGUGACGUAUGUGACUCUACGCGCAAAUGACAGACGAAAGUUCGCAAGUAACUUUCCAGAUCAUGAAGAAUUGAAAGGAUUUAUUCAUGAUCUUCAACGCGUGACGUCCAGCAACAUGUACAAAGUGCAGCGUACUUUACUGUCCCCCCAGAAUAUUGAAAUAUUUUCAAAAAGGUCGUACAGAAAGCAACAAGUUCGUGUUCGGUUUGCUCCAAGCCCAACAGGUUACCUGCAUCUCGGAGGCCUCCGUACAGCUCUGUACAACUAUUUAUUCGCUCGAGCAAAUCAAGGAAGCUUUAUUCUACGCAUAGAAGACACAGAUCAAACAAGACUCAUACCAGAUGCUACCAAAAAACUCCAAGAAGAUCUGUUUUGGGCUGGAAUCAUCCCGGACGAAGACCCGACUAGGGGUGGACCCCUAGGCCCUUACAUUCAAUCAAAACGACUGGAAUUAUACAAUGAGCAGGUUCAAGUUCUCCUCAAAAAUGGCUCGGCCUACCGCUGUUUUUGUUCAGAUAAUAGACUAGGACUCUUGAGACGAGAAUCGUUGAGGCUUAGGCAAACGCCAAAGUACGACAACAAGUGUAGACACCUGAGCGAAGAGGAUCUGAAGGAAAAAUUGAGGCGAGGAGAAUCCUACUGCGUCAGAUUUAAGUUACCCAGCGGCGAGGAAACCUUCAAUGAUCUUGUCUAUGGAGAUGCGUCUUACGACAUCGCACGAAUAGAAGGUGAUCCGGUCAUUAUGAAGACGGACAACUACCCAACUUACCAUUUGGCCAAUGUUGUCGAUGAUCAUUUCAUGGAAAUAUCCCACGUCCUCCGUGGAAUCGAGUGGCUAGCUUCGACUCCCAAGCAUAUAUUGCUCUACAAGGCUUUCAAGUGGACUCCGCCUAAAUACGCGCAUCUACCACUGAUCUUGAAUUCAGAUGGCUCAAAACUUUCUAAGCGACAAGGCGACAUCCGCGUCGACUCGUACAGACAGAGCGGAAUAUUUCCUCUCGCUCUUUUGAACUACAUAACUCACGCCGGCGGAGGCUUCAAUAGACCAAAAGGAGAGCAGCGCUGUUACAGUUACGAAGAAUUGAUCAACCAGUUCAACGUAUCAGCAAUCAACGUCAACUCCAGCCGACUAACUCCGGAGAAAUUACUCGAGUUUAACAAACUCGAAAUAUCUCAGCUGCUCCAAAACGAGAACAACGCUAAAUUUCUAGUCAACAAAGUCGCUCGAAUAGUCAGCGAGACAUUCCCUGACAGGUCGGUCGCAGACACUCUGCAACUGGACGACGAGCACAUAGCAGAGGUUCUGAAGUGGUCCCAAAAUCGGAUAUCAAAAUUGGAGGAUCUAGUGGGUCCAGAUCUCUCAUUCCUGUGGGUCAUUCCUCCGCUAACUCCAGAUGCACCGCAAUCCGAGUACUUCGUUACACUCCCUCGACUCUACGAUCAGCUUCUUUCCGUAGAAUCAAGUUUCUUCCAAAAGGACUUUUUAAGCGAUACCCUGAAAACGUUCGCCUCGUCUAACGACAUCCCAUUCAACAAAUUCAUGAAAUUUCUUCGCAGUAUUAUCAGUGGUCAAAAGGAGGGUCCCGGCGUAGCUGAAAUGAUGGAAAUAUUGGGACGAACAGCGACCUUGCAACGUUUGGAACGUGCACUUCAAUGAAUAUAGAUUAUCGUCCUCCAACCCCGAUGUACAAAUGUAAAGUCAACGAUUCUAUUGAAUAAAUAUAUUAAUUUUAAGAAGUCAAAA